GUUUCAGUAUAAUUGUGACAUACAGAACUGAUAACUAUAACGCUUUUUAUGCCUUUCGAAGUUUACCUGCUUUAAACGUAUUUUUGAACUUUCCUUACAAACCUGUCGAGAUAUUUGUGCCCACAGUUUCUACUUCAAGAACUAUACGAGCAUGCAUGACAUAAACUCUGAAUGCCAUUCUGAAGACGUCAAAAAUUUGGAACUUUCGAAAAGCAGCUUUUCGCAGAAAAUCAGUGAAAGCAUAAAAAGUAUUACUAAUGUACAUGAUAGAAGCAUAAAUAAACACAAAUCACAGAACAAAAUGUGUGAAGAACUUAAAUCCGACAUUAAAACAAUCCAGUACUUCAUUUCAACUUACUAUACUCCAGUUAAACCAUCAGAGAAGAAAGCGAAUACCUUAUUAAAGGAUCCCUCUGAAAACUGCGAAAACACUCCAAUGGAAUCUCAUAAUAGCAUCCAAGAAACAGAACAAAAUUCAGAGGAAACAGAUCGGUUUCACAUAGAAAGGAUACAAAAUCUAAUGGCAUUCUUGUUUAAUAAAGUGGACAAAGAUUUCAGUGUCAUCGAAAAUUUGACGAAGUCAAUGAAGAAACUACAAAAGGAAGAACGGCAACACCUCUCUGAGCUAGAACGCAGAUGGGAAAAUGAAAAUAAACUUCUACUGUGGAGUACUAAAUAUAUGGACAAUAGUAGCCAGGCUCAAAAUGAACAAGAAACGUCAUCCUCUGGUAUGGAAAUAAACAAGUUUCCGGGGAUCAAAGUUACGAAUAAACCACUUAGUUCUAAUCUAGGCAUUCAAGGCCUAACUGAAAAUGCAAAGAAAGCAAUCUCUAAAGCUUCAGGACCUCUAACUGUAGAGCAGUUAGCUAAGUUUCUCAGUAAGGCUAAAUAUAAGAAUAAACCUUUGACUCUGAUGCGCAAGUUCACUUCUGAUACCAGUUCCUUACUUCAGCAGCUUACAAGAAUGAAAAAUAUUUUAGAACAGAGUUCUAAUGACUAUCGGAAGCAAUAUAGUCAAGUAAUAAAAUGCGAUAAAAGACUUUUACAUCAACUUGAUAGAUUAAUACUAAAACUUGAAAAACAGCAUAAAAUUUAAGAGUGGGAUAUUGAAUUACCAAAAAUAUAAGAUUUGUUUGAAAUAUUUGUAUAAUUCUUUAAUUUCAAUAGGUCUUGAAGUAUUUGUAUAAUAGUAUUUGUAUAAUUUAAAUAAUGUUUUUAAUCAGUUUUCUUCUUUUCAGAUAACACUGUCAAGUAUUAUUAAAACGUAAUGUAAGGCUUUUACAUCAAUUUGGUAGACAAUGGGUAUUCAAUACAAGAACUAAACAAUAGUAACUAACGUAAAUGAUAAAUAUAGCUUAGGCCAAAUGUGAAUUUAAUAGCGAACUGUUUAAUAAUACAUUUAUAGGACAAGAAGAAGAAGGCAAGACGUCGGAAUUUAACCAUUGAUUGUACAGACGGCAAUGUUCUUACUACAGACGCUUUUUCUUAUUACGAAACUCAUAUUUUAAUAGGAAAUAUACAUGAAUACAAUGACAAUAUCUCUGGACGAUAAACUGAGUCGCAUUUGGCUAAAAUAAAUGAGGUAUAUCAAUUAAUACUUUUUUUUUUUUUUUUUUUUUUUUGCAAUCAUGUUUGCAUUUCAUUGAGAAUAUGUUCCUAUAGUUACGGAUAUCGUUAUAGUAUUUCUUAUAUACACAUAUAAAUAGGCAAAUAAGGAUAUUAUAUCCUCGUAUAUACAAUUCUAGUUACGAAAGAAUCCCUUCCUUAUCGCGAAAUUUGCAAUUUUAACGGUUAUGCGCAAGAAUUUCUACAAUGUGAGUAUAUAUUAAUUCCUGUGAAUCUCAAUGUAUGUAUACAUAUGCGAGUUUCAUGAACCUAAUAAAUCUUUUAUAUUUCGAAAGGCAAAUAUUCCAAUAUAUAUAUAUAUAUAUAUAUAUAUAUAUCCAUGUUGCAUAAUGAAUUAUAUGUAAUAGUUAGACAUAUAUGUCUAACCAUUACGAUUGGAAGAAGAAGAUAUAUAUGUCUGAAUUUUGGGAAAUUUUGUUAUUCUCUGAUAAUUUCAAUACUUAUUUCUCAAAAUUUAUAUAAAUGGAUAUAGCAUUACAUAAUGGAAUAAAGAUCAUUACAGUUUUUUUAGUUGAAUUUUAAAGCUUACAACAAACAAGGCAAAAACAUUUUACCAUUUAGUGGUUCGCUUAUAGCUUGUGCAUGUGAAGAAAUUUCUUCUUUUCCUUCCAGCUUUGCAUCGGCGAAGCAAAAGAACAGAGGUACCAGCAUGAAAAGAUGCCGCAUUUUGAGGGCAAAACAAAUUUUCACAACACAAGUUUAUAUAUGGAACUGAAAGCCAUCUUGCCCAAUUUAUCAGUGUCAAUAUUUUAGCCCUUAUGAAUUAUACGGGUUCCGUCAUAUAUUAUAUCAGAUAAAACCGAAAAGAUAACACAGUCAAUUGAAUAUGUUACAAAGAAUUAAUAGUUUAAAACUUUUUCUUAUUUUACAACAACAAUUGUGAAAACAGUUUUAUGUUACAAUUUUUAAAGCAAAAAACUUAAGUCUCAGUUGAAUGAAACGUCUAAUGGGACUACGAAUAACGCUUUACUCAGUAUUGAAAAUAUAACUUUGUGAGAACUGGAAUAUUUUGACUUUAUAAGGUAUUUCUCCCGCUUUCCUAGCAUGCCUUCGUGUAGUGGUCAGCACUGAGCUGCUAUUUCAGAGGUCCGUGGUUCGAUUCCCGGCGAAGGCGGAUUGCAUAUUUUUCAUCUCUCUUGCUUCUAAAAAAAAUCCUAAUGUCUGUACAGCUUUACUUGAUUCAUGUGAUAAGUAAUAUUGGAAUCUAUUUGCAUUUCAGCAAAAAUAUGUAGCUUACUCUGUUUAAAUUGCGUAUAGACUCUUUUAAUCAAUAAUGUUCUUUUCAUCCGAAAGUUUAGAUGUUCAGCCUCUUUCAUGCUUCAAAGAAAUUACCUAAAACAGAUUUAUAUGAUUUUAAAAAUGUAUAUUUAAUAAUGUAAAUAAAUAAAAUUUUAACUCGAAA